AGCGAUGAAGCUCAGAUGAACAAAAUGGCGCCUUGAGUUUAGUUGAAUUCACGCGCCCGUCAAAAGUUAUAUCAAAUAUCCAUGAUUUAUAUGCUUUUUUUUCCCCUCUUAACUGAAUUAGCUUUCAGGCUAAGCUGAUGUUUGUGGAUUUAUAGGCUUAUAAAUCAAGGAUGUUUGUGGCGAAAAGCAUCGCGGCGGAUCAUAAAGAUCUCAUUCAUGAUGUUUCUUAUGAUUUCCACGGCCGCAGGAUGGCAACUUGUUCCAGCGACCAGAGUGUCAAGGUUUGGGACAAAAGCGACAGCGGCGAGUGGCACUGCACAGCCAGCUGGAAGACUCACAGCGGCUCCGUGUGGCGUGUGACGUGGGCUCACCCGGAGUUCGGACAGGUUUUGGCGUCCUGUUCCUUUGACCGCACCGCCGCGGUUUGGGAGGAGAUAGUCGGCGAGUCGAACGAUAAACAGCGCGGCCUCAGUCACUGGAUUAAGAGGACGACGCUGGUGGACAGCAGGACGUCGGUGACGGAUGUAAAGUUCGCUCCGAAGCACAUGGGUCUGGUCCUGGCCACGUGCUCGGCUGACGGUGUGGUUCGUAUCUACGAAGCUCCUGACGUGAUGAACCUGAGCCAGUGGAGCCUCCAGCACGAGAUCUCCUGCAAACUCUCCUGCUCCUGCAUCUCCUGGAACCCCUCCAGCUCUCGUGCACACUCUCCUAUGAUCGCAGUCGGCAGUGACGACAGCAACGUGACCUACACCGGAAAAGUGCAGAUCUACGAGUACAACGAAAACACCAGGAAGUACGCCAAAGCAGAGACCCUGAUGACCGUCACAGAUCCGGUCCACGACAUCGCCUUCGCCCCGAACCUCGGGAGAUCCUUCCACGUCCUGGCCAUAGCAACCAAAGACGUGCGCAUUUUCAAGCUCGUACCUCUGCGGAGAGAGAGCUCCACCAGCUCGGGCCCCACCAAGUUCGAAGUGCAGUUAAUGGCUCAGUUCGACAGUCACAACUCUCAGGUGUGGCGCGUGAGCUGGAACAUCACCAGCACGCUGCUCGCCUCGUCAGGGGACGACGGCUGCGUCCGACUCUGGAAAGCUAACUACAUGGAUAACUGGAAGUGCACAGGGAUCCUGCGUGGUGAUGGAAGCCCAGUGAACGGCUCGUCCCUCCCGGCUGCACCUCUGAACGCCGGCGCAGCUUCAGGAGCUCAGAACAGCAGCAUGGGAGCUGCCAGUGCGGGCAGAAAAAAGACUCAACUGAUGCCAGGCUAAUGUGGAUUGGCUGUUUGCUGCAUGACACACACACACACACACACACACACACACACGGAAGUCUUCAUUCCCCUCCACAGUCACACCUCGUCCUCAGUCCACUAAUCCACCAGAGGCGACUGCUGAGAGUGUGAAUAAUGGACCACAUACACAAAUACUGCCUGUGUGUGUUUUAAUGAGUGUGUGUGUGUUUAAUUUUCCACUGACACUGAUGGAAAUGUCCAACAUCAUGUUAUGUAUAUUACAAAAAAAACAAAUAGUAAAUACAAUUUUCUGUUCA